AUGCCUACGCCGGUGGCAGCAGCGAGACAAUGCCUGACGGAGGAGGCCGCAAAGGGGCUCGACGACGCCGUAUCGGUGGCCCGGAGGCGCGGCCACGCGCAGACCACUUCACUGCACGCCGUCUCCGCCAUGCUCUCCCACACGUCCUCCGCACUGCGCGACGCAUGUGCACGCUCCCGAAGCGCGGUGCACUCGACGCGCCUUCAAUUCAGAGCCCUCGAACUCUCCCUCAGCGUGUCACUCGACCGCUCGCUGUCAAAAUCUUGCGGCGGCGACGAUCCGCCGGUGUCGAAUUCGCUCAUGGCCGCCAUCAAGCGGUCGCAAGCCACCCAGCGCCGCAAGCCGGAGAACUUUCCCCUCCAGCAACCUUGUUCCGUUAAGGUGGACCUGCAUCACCUGAUCCUGUCCAUCCUCGACGACCCCGUCGUGAGUCGCGUCUUCGCCGAAGCAGGUUUCUGGAGCUCCGAAAUCAAACUCGCCAUCCUCCGUCCCCUCACGCACCUCAUGCACCAACAACUUCCUCUUCGCCGGAACUUCCCCUUCGCUUUCUCUGGCGAGGAGGACGCCGAUAAUCGGAGGAUCGCGGAGGUGCUAUCCCGGAAGAGUGGCAGAAAUCCCUUGCUUCUGGGUGCAUGUGCACGUGAUGCGCUGCGGAGUUUCGUGGAAGCGGUGGAGCGGCAAAACAGCGCCGUUUUGGCAGGGGAGUUGUGCAGUUUGCGCGUGACGCGUAUUGGAAGAGAGGCUAUGGAGUUUGUUGGCGGGAGUUGCGGGGAAGAGGUUGUCAGUGGGAGGUUUGAAGAGAUUGGUGAAAUGGUGGAGCAGCGCGUGGGGAAAGGUGUAGUGGUUGAUUUGGGAGAGUUGGAGGAUUUGGUGAAUGAGAAAAACGGGUGGGGUGAGAGUGAGGCAGUUAGGUAUGUGGUUAUAGGGUUAGGAAAGUUGUUGGAAGUUAGUUACGGAAGGUUAUGGUUGAUUGCUGCUGCGGGCAGUUAUGAAAUAUAUAUGAAAUUUGUGGGGAGGUUUUCUUCUAUAGAGAAGGAUUGGGACUUGCAGCUUCUGCCCAUUGUCUCUAUUCGCUCUUCUUUUUCUGCUCAAGCAUAUCACACUCCCAGGUGUGAGUCAAGUAUGCUCGCUGCUUCAACUGUUGGUCUAUGCCUGCCAAACUUACCUCCACGGUUGCACAUUUCAGAAUUAGGAUCAGCACAAGGAUUAAAUCUUAAGAUAGAAGAUGAUGUUGUUGUGCUGAACAGUACUGAAUCUGCAACACACAAGAACUUGGACAAAAUGUGCCAGUAUAUUUAUAAAAUAUCCCCUAAUGCAAAUACCUGUCCAACAGCUAUGGGGUUCCAAUAUUGCGACAACAAAGGAAAAUUUGCUAACAACCUCAGCAGCAAACUUACACACACAUCAUCAAGUGAAUACAUCAAUAUAAACUCAGAAGUGCUUGUUAGUAAGCAAAUUAUUUCCACAUCACAAUCAAGCGGUUCUUUUCCAAUGGAUUUCAAUGCAAGGCAGGAGAAGUAUACUUCAAAAUUUUCACAGAAGUUCCAAAGGGUGGAAUGUUUGGAGUCAAGUGAUCUAGGAUCAUGCAACAUGGGCACUUCAAUUGUUUGUGAUGGAAGCCAGUUGUCUCCCACGUCUGUGAUUGCUGUAACCACAGAUUUGGGAUUAGGAAUGUGCUCCUCUCCUACCAGCAAUAAAUAUAAGAAACCUUCCAGUCAAUUUACAGUUGAAUCUCCAAAGGAAAUCUCAAGUUUAUUUUCUUCAAAAUUUAACGUUGCUGGUGGAAACAUCUUGAAACAUCCAUCCCAGCCAUCAACCUUCUUAAGUUCUGACUUUUGCGGACAAGUUGAUGCAAGGAACUCCAAAAUUCUUCUCGAUGUCCUUACCAAGGAGGUUAGCUGGCAAGAUGAAGCCAUUAGUGUCAUCAGCAAAACAAUAGCUGGCAGCCGUACAAAAAGGGUUGGAGCAAAGCACAGGGGUGACGUGUGGAUGAAUUUUGUUGGACCUGACAGGAAUGGUAAAAAGAAAAUUGCUGUUACUCUAGCAAAGUUCUUGUAUGGAAGCCGGGAUAGAUCUAUUUUUGUGGAUCUAAGUUCUGAAGAAACGAAAGGAUGCAUUGUGCAAUUCAGAGGAAAGACUACUCUUGAUUUAAUUGUAGGUGAAUAUAUCAAGAACCGUUUCUCUGUGGUCUUCCUAGAAAAUGUAGACAAGGCAGACGUGUUAGUUCAAAAUAGUUUGUCUCAAGCCAUGAAGACUGGAAAACUUACAGACUCACGUGGAGGAGAAGUGGGUGUAAACAAUGCAAUAUUUGUGACUUCUUUCUCUGGUCACCAGGCAAGGGAACCUUCCAAAUAUUCUGAGGAGAGAAUAGGAAAGGUAAAAGGGAGGCCUAUCAAAAUAACAGUUGAAAAUGUGAGUGGCGACAUCAAAAGCCGAAGUGUUAGUGUGGAUGAUGGUUCAAUAGAUAACAUUCCCAAUCCAGUUGUAUCAAAUAAGCGAAAGUUCGUUAGCCACAAUGAAUUUCAUGAUCAGCAUUUACUCUCAGACACGUCUAAAAAGGCAUAUGCAACACCAAAUUGGCAUUUAGAUUUGAAUCUUCCAGCUGAAGAGAAUGAACCUCAAGUUCGACAAAUGAGUGAUGGAAACUUGGAACAUGCAUCAACUGAUAUGCAAAACCUUUGGUUGCAAGAUUUGUCUGAACAGGUUGAUGAAACAGUUGUUUUUAAACCUUAUAAUUUUGAUGCACUUGCGGAUAGAGUGAUGAAAGUGAUCACAAGUAGCUUCCACAAAACUAUUGGAUCUGAAUGUGCCUUACAGAUAGAAUCAGAAGUCAUGGACCAAUUGCUUGCAGCUGCGUAUGACUCAGAUGGAGUUAACGGCAUAGAAAAUUGGGUAGAACAAGUUCUCUGUGGAGGAUUUACAGGGGUACAGAGAAGGUACAACCUUACCGCUUGUUCUAUUGUGAAACUUGCUACAUGUUCGCAUCAAACAUCAAAUGUGUACCUUCCUCCAACUAUAACAAUGGAUUAA